ACAGUCGGCGUUGUGCGUGAAUCAAGACGUUUUGCUUUUAGAAAAUUUGCAGCCAAUCGCUUGUUUCAGCCUGUUAAAUUGACAAAUAUAGGCUGAGAAAUGUCUCAGUCGAGAGAUGUCUUCAUCCCAGAUACACUGCCAGAAUUUCUGAAGCAGUACACAAAAGAUGUGAUCCGAACUCAACCUGAGGAUCUUCUUCAGUGGUCUCAUAAGUACUUCACCUCUCUGGUAAAGGGUCAACCUCUACCAGUAGGCCAGCCAUCUGAUCGCCAUUUGUUACAAGCCGUAAGGAAUCUCACUCCAGAAGUUUUGAGAGGACUUCAUUCCCAGUUCCACAAGCAAAGAAUGGUCAGCCAGAAGGACAUCAUGCUGGCCUGGAAGUCCCUGAGCCUGGCUGAGAACUGCCUCAGUGAGGCCUUCAUGCUGGGCCACUUCGGGGAGGAGGUGGAGUGGAUGAAGUUCUUCACUCUCUGCUGUCACCAUCUGGGAGGGAAUAUCAGACAGGCACUGGUCCAGGCCUGCUACAUCCUGAACUCGGACCCUCAGUGCCAGCCACCCGACGCUUGUGUUCCAUUCGACAUGUUCAAGAGCCUGUAUUUCUACCUGGUACACGUGACACACAAGCUCACCCGAAAACAGGCGGAGAAGACCCUGACCGUCCUCCAGCAGCAAACGCACAAUGGGGUGGUGAAGGUAUCCGACUUCAUCAAUGACUAUAAACUCAUCCUGGAUCCAACCCAGUGAUCUCCUCCAAGAUCUCU